AUGCCUGUAGGAGAUCUGUACAGCUUUACCCAUGUAAAAGGGGCAACCAAGGCUGAAACUGACAAAAAACGGGCCACGCAUAGAGAAUGCCAGCUCAUCCAGGUGAAGAACACUUGGUGUUGUGUGGAAAGUGGCCAAGAAAUUCCAACAACUUGGAAUGAAGAUCAAGUGGUUGUUUCCCAGGCCAAAAUAGGCGAGACUACAACAGAGUCUGGUGUCUCCUGGACCGUGAAAGCACCCAUUUACUUCCGUUAUAAAGUGAUAGAAACCCAAAAUCUCCUAGAUCCCAAUAACAUGACCCUCCUUUAUGGCCACGUGUUUGAGUCACAAGAAGUUGAGGUUUACCAAAAGAAGAUCCAGAAGCGGUUAGUUGUGGUGGACAUGGCUGUGGAAAAGUUAUAUGGCUCCAAAAUUAGAAAGUAUUUUGAGACCAAUAACGUCACUUAUAAAAUCCUUGCUCUGGAGACAACAGAAGAAACCAAGUCAAUGGAGCUUGUUUUGACCAUACUUGAAGAAGUUCUAAAAUUUGGAAUUGACAGACGCAAUGAACCAAUCAUAGCCAUCGGAGGUGGAGUUUGCUUAGAUGUUGUCGGUCUUGCUGCCUCUCUUUACAGGCGUCGAACGCCAUACAUUCGAGUUCCCACAACUCUUCUGUCUUAUGUGGAUGCCAGUGUGGGUGCAAAGAAUGGAGUGAAUUUCUGCAACUGUAAGAACAAGCUGGGAACCUACGUUCCUCCGGCGGCCACCUUUCUUGAUAGAUCUUUCAUUCAGACUGUCCCACGACGUCAUAUUUCCAAUGGUCUUGGAGAAAUCUUAAAGAUGGCUUUAAUGAAACAUAAAGGGCUAUUUGAGCUGCUGGAACAACACGGAAAGUUUCUUUUAGACACCAAGUUUCAAUCCAGGAAUGGUCUUGCUAAUCAUGGCGAUGCUGCCCUAAAAACCACAAGAAUAGCCAUUCAGACAAUGUUGGAAGAGCUGGCUCCUAACCUGUGGGAGGAUGAACUUGAAAGACUGGUGGAUUAUGGACAUGUCAUAAGCCCAGAGCUUGAAAUGAAAGUCCUUCCAGCUCUAAUGCAUGGAGAGGCCGUGAACAUUGAUAUGGCUUUCAUGACAUAUGUCUCUUAUGAAAGUGGAUUUAUCACAGUUGAAGAAAAAAGACGUACAAUACAGUGCAUGAGAACCUUGGAGCUUCCGGUCUGGCACAAGGACUGUAACCUGCCACUCAUAAAGAUGGCAUUGGUAGAGAGGUUUAAACACAGUGACGGAAAACUGCGGCUUCCUCUCCCUACUGGACUUGGAACUGCAGAAAUCUUCAAUGAACUAAAAGAUGAAACCAUGAAAAAAGCCUAUGAGAACUGGACAGAAGAAUGCCAAGGGUUAUCAACGUAG